AUGUCUCUAAUCUCUCAAUGGGUAGAUAACACCCUGGAUGCCACUGGCAUGGAUGCCGUGGAUGCUCUACGCGCGUUCUUCCUGCUGGCCGCCGCCACGACAUUCUCGACCAGCAUCCCAACCUCACUACGGUCCCGCUUCCUCACUUACGGUCCACGCGCGGCCUCGGCCUCGACCGGCUCUGCACCAUCGACCGCCCAGAACCCUCCCACCCAGAGCAAGGGCUUCCUUGACUAUCUUGCUACUUGGCAGGUGCCACAUAGUUAUUUCACUCAUUUCUAUGUUGCAUCUGUCCUGUCGUCUGUCUUCUGGAUUGCGCAAUUGCUAUCGCGGGGUUUGGUUUUCCAAGCCAUUGCAUCCCGCGUCAGCGAGGACCACCAACGUCAUUCCAUGUCCCUGACUCAGUUGGUGAUCUGUUGUGUUCUAUUGAGUAUACAAGGAUCGCGGCGGUUAUGGGAGUGCUUUGUUUUCUCCAAACCCUCGUCGUCCCAGAUGUGGUUUAUGCACUGGUUGUUAGGCUUGGGUUUCUACCUAGCGGCAGGGGUUGCGAUUUGGAUCGAGGGUUCCGGCACUCUGUUGACCAAAAACCUGACCAUUGCUCAUCUACAGAUGACCAACGCCCCAAGUUUGCGUACUUUCUUUCUCGUCCCGCUCUUCCUGGUGGCGUCUGGUUUGCAGCAUGACUCCCAUCACUACCUCUACUCGUUGAAAAAAUAUACCCUUCCGGAGCAUCCCAUGUUCCGCGGGGUUGCCUGUCCCCACUAUGGCGCAGAAUGCAUCAUCUAUCUCUCGUUAGCGCUGUUGGCUGCUCCGCGAGGUGAAUGGAUCAAUAAAACUAUGUUUUCUUGUUUGGCUUUCGUCGCGGUCAACCUGGGUCUGACAGCUCGGAAUACCAAGCAGUGGUAUGCGCAAAAGUUCGGCAAAGACUCGGUGCAGGACUGGUGGUUUAUGAUUCCAUAUGUUUACUAA